AGAGUUCGUGACAAAAUCGAAAUUCUUAUAACUGAAACUUCUUACUUUGUUUGCUGCCUCUUUGUUAUUAGCGGAGUUCAUGCUUAACCAACUAGGAAUUGAAGAGAGUGAAGUUACAAAGAAUAUGGCUGAGUCUUGGACUGGAGAGGCAGAUGAUUCCCAACCUAAAGCAGUUAUCGCACCCCAUGCAGUUGCUGUUCACACAAGAUUGCAAGAAAACGAAGAACCAAAACGUUGCUACAGUUCCUCCUGUGGAGGAAACAACCUUGACGUUAGGUUCCCUUUCUGGCUACCCCCUGAGCAAUCUUCUUCCUGUGGCUACCCAGGAUUCAACCUCCAUUGCACCGAUCGUCAUAAGACAGCCUUAAAGCUUCCAAACUCCGGAUCAUUUCUCGUCCGAGACAUAAAAUCGCAGCGUAUUCGCCUCAGCGACCCUGAUAACUGCUUAGCCAGGCGGCUUCUCAGCUUCGACGCUUCAGGGUCUCCUUUUUCUCCUCUUCACCAAGUCAACUACACUUUCUUGAGCUGUCCUAACGAAAACGUCAAAUCCUCUUCUUUGGAACCCAUCCAUUGCCUUGGUAACUCCACAACCUCCUUCUUCGCCACACCUUCAGAUGUCACCGGUUCAUUGCCGUCCUCUUGUCAAAUCUUCAAGACACUACUUCUUCCGGUCUCUUCACCACUCGCAGUUGACCUCAACAAACAAGACCUCUGGCUGAAAUGGGACUCACCGGAUUGCACAGGUUGUGUUGAUUUUAGUCCGUUAUGUGGCUUCAUAAACAAUACCACCCUCCAAGUCAAAUGCUUCGCAUACGUUGAUUCAGUUUCCUUUGUCUCACCUUCUUCACAUGAAAUUGUUAUAAGGUAUUCCUCCACCUCUAAUCUUGUACCGGAGACUCAGAAGAUUGUUUCCAUCAGAAUCUCCCACAAGCUACUACAUUUCUCAUGUGGCCAAGGGAGCGUCGUUGUCCGUUUCCCUUUCUCCCUAUUCCCCUACCAACCUGAGUCAUGUGGCUAUUCAGGAUUCAACCUCCUAUGCACAGAUGAUGGCAAGACUGCCUUAAAGCUUCCUAAGUCCGAACCAUUUCUUGUCAGAGAGAUCGACUAUGAAACACAGCGUAUUCGCCUCAACGACCCUGAGAAUUGUUUGGCCAGACGCCUUCUUAACUUUGACCCUUCGGGGUCUCCUUUUUCUCCUCUUCGCUCUCGCAACUACACGUUCUUGAUCUGUCCUAAGGAAGCGAACGUCACAGCAUCCUACAGAGCCAUCGAUUGCCUUGGUAACUCCACUUCCUCCUUCUUCGUCGUGCAGUUGGAUCUGGUCGGUUUGAUGCCGUCUUCUUGUCAGACCUUUAAGACGUUACCUCUUCCAUUUUCUUGGUCUGUCGCCUACACGGCAUUCCCCGGUGGCCAAAACAGUCGAGACCUGUGGCUCAAAUGGGACUCGCCCGAUUGCAGAGAUUGUGAGAGGAGGACUAAUUCGAGAUGUGGAUUCAAAAACAAUACUUCGCUCCAAGUCGAAUGCUUCAGUUCUGUUAACCCCGGACUUCACAACACAGGCUUACAAGUACUAAAGAUAAUCUGCCUCUCCCUAGUAGGACCACUCACGGCCUUGACUUUUUGUGUCGGUCUUGUCAUGUGCAGUUCCGAGAGAGUCUCUUCCCAAAUACAACACGCAGUGGUUGCACGCCUUUCUGGAUCCGUAACGCCACAGCCAAGCGAUGAAGUCGCAAGGACGGGUCUCGAUGAGUCUACGAUUGAGUCAUACAAGAAAGUUGAGUUAGGGGAGAGUAGGAGACUCCCGACCGGAUCAAAUGAUGUUGUAUGUCCCAUUUGUUUGUCAGAAUACGCAACCAAAGAAACUGUUAGGUGUUUACCUGAAUAGAUGGCUGCCAAUGAAUUCUCCGUCAAGCAAAUCUCUCCAAAGCUGCAGGGAGGAGAAAGAGGAGCUCGAAACCGUUACGGCCCAACUUCUUCACACGACCUCGUCGAGCAGAUGGAGUUUCUUUACGUAGAAGUAAUCCAAGCCAUACGGAACUCUGCUGUAAACCCUAUAGCCCGCACAUGUAUCCCCAUCGUCGAAAUCACUCUCGGAAACUACAAAUCCUCUACAAAAAAUCUACCAAUUGGACCAAAUAUGGAUUGGAACCAAGUCUUUGCUUUCGACAAAACCAAAGGUGAUGUCUUGUCGGUUACUCUUAAAGACGGUCCGACCAAUACCGUAAUCAACAAGCGCAACUUCAAGCUGGCCGCGGAUAUUCCAACUAGGGUUCCUCCAGAUGCAAGAAUCGCGCCGCAGUGGUACUCUAUGCAUAAUACCGAAACCGAUUUUUACAUGGAGUUGCUGAUGUCAGUUUGGUUCGGUACACAAGUUGAUGAGGUUUAUCCAGAGGCUUGGUUUUCAGACGCCUCUGAAGUGAGUGCCGGUUACGUGAUCAACACGCGACCUAAGGUCUACCUAGCUCCAAGGCUCUGUUAUGUUAGGGUUACCAUUGUUUCAGGUCACGAUUUGAUUCCUACGGAUAGAAAACGGACUCCUUCGGUUUACGUGACAGCUACUCUUGGUCAAGUCGCUCUAAAAACCGGAGUUUCUUCCGGGACGAACCCGUCAUGGAACCAGGAUCUAAUCUUUGUUGCAUCAGAGUCGUUAGAAGGAACUGUCUACAUUAGGUUAAUCGACAGAGUCGACGAACAACACGAAGAAUGCAUAGGGAUGUUAAAGAAGAAGCUCUCAGAGAUGACUCCGCUCAAAGUUCCAAGUUCCGCACCGGCUUUGUUCUACGACAUUGAAACGCCGGUUAAGGUCGAACCGGCAGGCGAUUCGAGGAGGUUCGCUAGCAGACUCAAGAUGAAACUAGCCACUGAUCAAGCUUAUCACGUCGCUGAUGAAUGCACCCAAUACUCGAGCGACUAUAGAGCUUUUGCUAAAGGGUUAUGGCCAUGUCUGCUCGGGAAAUUAGAAAUUGGGAUUUUGGGUGCGACGGGUUUAAAAGGAAGCGACGAGAAAAAACAGGGUAUCGACAGUUACGUAGUGGCUAAAUACGGGAAUAAAUGGGUCAGGACUCGAACCGUGGUUGAUAGUGUCUCACCCAAGUGGAACGAGCAGUAUUCGUGGGAUGUUUACGAGAAGUGUACGGUAUUAACGCUUGGAAUCUACGAUAAUCGACAAAUCUUUGACAAGAAUCAGGCGAACGAUGUUCCCAUCGGGAAAGUGAGGAUUCCAUUGAACCGUGUACAAUGUGACUGGAUUUACACUUGCUCGUAUCCGAUUCUGAAGUUGGGAAGCAGCGGACUGAAGAAAAUGGGAGAGCUUCAGCUCGCGAUUCGCUUUGUUUAUGUUGCGCAAGGGUACGCACGGUAUACAGCUCCUUUCCGUUUGAUGUUACCGAAAGCUCAUUACAAAUCUCCAUUGUCCAUGUCUCAGAUCGACAAGUUGAGAGCACAAGCUGUUGAGAUUAACUGUGAGAAUCUUGCGAAAACAGAGCCGGCGUUGAGAAGCGAAGUAGUGUCGGAUAUGUUGAAGCCGAAGAAUAAGAGUUUCAGUAUAAGAAUAACCAAAGCUAAUUUUGAUAGGCUUUAUAGAGUCCUUAAGAUGGUCUUUUGGUGUGUUUCGGUCAUUGCAUCGGUCAGAUCCACGACAGAAUUAAUUCCGAAAGUCAUUGCGUGUUUUGUCAGUCUUGUGUUUCUUUUUAUGGAGUACUGGAUAUAUUGGUUGGCGACUUCGUGGGUAUUUGGGAUUUGCAUUGUGCUUAUACUUCUACGGGAAAUUGUCAAGUCCCCGGGGAAAAUAUAUGACUGGUUGCCUUAUCGGAUCGUCACUCCUCCUCCUCCAUUGAUUCUCGUCGAUUUGAAGCUACGGAAACUGGACUCGAUCAACCUAGACGAGUUAGCCGAAGAGUUUGACUCGUUUCCGUCGGCGGAGAACGAUGUAAACAUUCUUAAGAUGAGGUACGAUAGGUUGAGGAAGAUUAUGGAGAACGUCAUGUUACUAAUGGGAGAUGCUGCUACACAAGGCGAACGGUUUCUAGCGGCUUUUACGUUGCUUGAGCGGCCAUUGGUUUUGAUUUCCUUCUUGGUCCUCUGUUAUGUGUCCAUGCUCGUCGUUUGCCUUACUUGGGAUAUAAUACCUGUUCGUAGGAGUGUAUUCGGCCAAAAUUGGGAAGCGAUGAGGAAAGAAGAGAUUCCAGAUAAAAGUCGGAUUGAUCCGAAUCUGCCCAAGUGGGUCUGCCAAAAUUGUCACCACUCCCUUACCAUCGUCGGUGUCGAUUCCUACGCCGGCAAGUUCUUCAACGAUUCCCCUCCUUCCGCAACGCAGGGCUCAUCCAUCCAUGGAGCUAACAGUGUUCUUGGUUCAACACGCAUGGACAACUCUUUCGUUGUUUUACCUCGACAUAAGCCUCAAUCUCAGGGCAUUCCUCCACGUCCUCGCGGGGCGUCCUCUGCUCAGCCUGAUGCAACUCAAUCUGGAAAGGCAAUGGAAGAAUCGUUUGUAGUUGUGUACAAGUCUGAGCCUGCUUCUGAUUCUGGCGCUUCUCACAAUCUGUCUCUUGAAGUGGGCCAAAACGGUCCUUUACAUUCAAAUACUUCUGGCUUUAAUGCGACUAUCAAUGUCUUAACACGUGCUUUCGAUAUUGCCAGAACUCAGACACAGGUUGAACAGCCAUUGUGCUUAGAAUGCAUGAGGGUAUUGUCUGACAAACUUGAAAAAGAAGUCGAGGAUGUGACGAGGGACGUGGAAGCAUACGAAGCAUGCGUUCAGCGGUUAGAAGGAGAGACACAAGAUGUUCUUAGUGAAGCUGAAUUUUUGAAGGAAAAGAAGAAGAUUGAGGAAGAAGAAAGAAAACUUGUUGCAGCUAUAGAAGAAACAGAGAAACAAAAUGCUGAAGUAAACCAUCAACUGAAGGAGCUAGAGUCAAAGGGAAAUCGCUUUAACGAACUUGAAGAUCGGUAUUGGCAAGAGUUCAAUAAUUUUCAAUUUCAACUAAUAGCCCAUCAGGAAGAGAGAGAUGCAAUCUUGGCAAAGAUUGAAGUUUCACAAGCACAUUUAGAGUUAUUAAAUAAGACAAAUGUACUUACUGAUGCCUUCCCCAUACGGUAUGAUGGGGAUUUUGGUACAAUUAACAAUUUUCGACUUGGAAGACUCCCUGCCAUAAAGGUUGAGUGGGAUGAGAUCAAUGCUGCUUGGGGCCAAGCCUGUCUUCUCCUCCAUACGAUGUGUAACUAUUUCCGGCCAAAGUUUCAAUGUCGAGUUAAAAUACAGCCGAUGGGGAGUUAUCCUAGAAUUGUAGACAGCAACAACGAAACUUAUGAGCUGUUUGGUCCUGUAAACUUGUUUUGGAGCACUCGGUACGAUAAAGCCAUGACACUGUAUUUGAUGUGUCUUAAAGACUUUGCUGAUUUUGCAAAUUCAAAGGACCAAGAGAACAAUAUUCCACCAGAGAAAUGCCUUAAACUUCCAUACAAGAUCGAAAAGGACAAAGUGGAGGGAUAUUCAAUAACACAGAGCUUCAACAAGCAAGAGAGUUGGACCAAAGCACUAAAGUAUACUCUCUGCAACCUCAAAUGGGCUCUCUACUGGUUCGUUGGAAAUACUAAUUUCCAACCUCUCUCUGCGACGGUCUCUCUGCCUUCUGAUAUAUCAGCUGCUGGUUCCCUGUACGCCAAGCGAGGUCCUGAUUCUAGUAAGCCCUCAGCUGGUAAAAAGCCUUAGAAACUCAUGAUAUAUUGACUGAAAUCGGCGACUUUGUGAAUAGUUUAUAAGCAUUUAUGUCAUAGCAUCGAAUAAUUAGAAACACAGAUGCUUUUUAAGUUUUUUUCUUCUUUUCUACAGUCUCUUUUGUGUGAUUAUAGCUCUUUUUAUUUCGUUAGUUUCAAGCUUUAUGAGUCUUUUCGGUUUCGACAACGCAAAAGACUAAAUUGAAAUGAAAUUU